CCAGUCGGGACCGCAGCCUGCCGACGGAGAAGCAGACAGCACCAAAGUGGAAGGAGAAGAAAAAGGCCAGGGAGGGCUGCAGCCUGCCAGGUUCUUCCUGGGAGGAGAGGUACGACUCUUACAAAAUGACCAAGCACUGUUCCAGAGCACCAAGCACUUGAAGUGGUUACAGCAGUGGGUCGUGAGUUUCACCUCCACCCAGCUCUCCCCAGUAGGAAUAGAAGAGCCAGGGCUCAGCUGACUUCCCUGGAGCUUCACCUGGGGAUAGGAAUAAUGGAAAAAACAAAUGAAAAGGUCUAAGAGGAAAGGAUCAGGAGCACAGUAGUUGCCAUACUGGCAAGCAGAAAGUAGUCAUUUGAUUUGCAGUUCUGUGCCUGAAAGUAGUGGGCACUGGGUGCUUUGGCAGCAGCUCCAAAAAUCCCAGUAAGCAGUAACAGCAACUUAUCCAGCUGCAGGGUGAGGUUCUCCAUGGGCUCACUGAGUCAGUAGUUGAUGGAUAGUUAUGAUAGUUUGGAUCAUAUUCACCUCAACCAUUAAUCUGUCUUAAAAAAAAAAAAAAUCAGCUUUUAUGUGUUUUGUUCUUGCUUGCCCUGCCUCAGAUACAAGAAGUGGCAAUUUUCAAGGUUUAUCUCUAAUCUGCCACUGCAUGUGUGCCCAGGUCAGUGAGCAUGGGCACCCUGUAAUUCCCUGCCUGCUAGACACAAACUGUGCAUUUCACUGUGCCGGAUUUAAUCUAGUACAGCAUUAGCAAAAAGAUGUAGUAGUGGCUGGAAGUGUGAGCAGGUAGAUGAUGCAGGAUGGAUGCACUGAGUGAUGAGAGAAGCAUCUUGCUCUUUUAGGGAAAAGCUCCAGGGAGACAGGACUCAGGCUAUCCUUGGAGCCGCAAGGGAGGGCCAAAGGCUCUAAUUCAGUGGGAGAAAGCAACAGAGUCCAUCUGAAGUUACAAAGUUACAACAUGAUCUUUUUUUCCCCUUUGUUUGUUUUGUUUUGUUUUGUUUUGUUUUGUUUUGUUUUGUUUUGUUUUUUUCCCCUCGGACCCCCGGUAACAUCUGAAUACUCAUUCCCCUGGCUCUACCAGCCUGGAGUCAGACCUCACCCAGGGAUUGGCAGGGCCUCUCUGGGUCCCUGUGCAGGGGAAAUGCUGUUCCUGGCCCUGUCCUCUAAAGGGGGAUUAGAAAGAUACCUGGGUUACCCAGGACACUCCGGCACUGCUGGACAAUCUUCUGCCAAAGGCUCAGCCUGUCCCUGGAGAGCUGGUCAUUGUGGUUCCUGGGUCCCUCCUCCAGCCACAAAUAUUCUGCACCGGGAAGGUGCCAUGAAAAGGGAGUUUGGAAGUUUACGGCCAGCCCUGGUGCAGACUCUGUACCAGAACAGUCCUGCCCAUGAAGCAGCUGCUGGGAAUGUUACACCAUAAGUAUCAGGAGGUGAAGUAUGAAAGCCAGAGGAAGAUUUUGCAGACACUGGCAUCUCGUCUUGAGGAGCUGGGCAUAGAUGUGAAGAAACCUGGUGGACUCUGCUGUCCUCUCCCGCCUGUAGUCCCUUCGCCCAUCAUUAAUGGCUACCGAAACAAAUCUACUUUCUCUGUGAACCGAGGACCGGAUGGUAACCCCAAAACUGUGGGGAUGUAUGUGGGAACUGGCAAAGCAAGAAAUAUUGUCUGUGUGAAAGCAAACCACAUGGAGAACAUACCCCCAAAACACAAACAAGUAGCCCAGUGCUAUGAGGAGUUCAUCCGUCGCUCCCCCCUGGACCCUUGCAUCCUCUUCCACGAAGGCGGACACUGGCGGGAGCUCGUUGUACGCACCACCAGCUGUGGCCACACCAUGGCUAUCAUCACCUUCCACCCCCAGGACCUGGGCCAGGAGGCACUGGCUACUCAGAAAGCAUUGCUUAAGGAGUUCUUCACGUGUGGACCUGGAACAGUCUGUGCCUUGACUUCACUCUAUUUUCAAGAGAGCACUAUGACACGCUGCACCCACGAGCAGUCCCCCUUCCAGCUCCUUCAUGGAGAACCACACAUCCUUGAAGAAGUGCUCGGCCUGAAGUUUCGCAUCUCUCCAGAUGCCUUUUUCCAAAUAAACACAGGUGGAGCAGAAGUUCUGUACCAGGCAGUCCGGGAGCUGAGUCAGGCUGAUGAGGACACCAUCCUCCUUGACAUCUGCUGUGGAACGGGCACAAUUGGUCUUGCUCUGGCUCACCAAGUGUCCAAGGUUAUUGGUAUUGAGGUGGUGGAGAAGGCAAUAGAGGAUGCCAGAUGGAAUGCAGCAUUCAAUGGAAUUUCAAACUGUGAGUUUCACAGUGGAAAGGCAGAGACUAUGUUACCACAGCUCCUGUCAUUGUGGGAGGAUGACCGACCCCUUGUUGCUGUGGUGAACCCAUCGCGGGCUGGGCUCCAUUACAGGGCUGUGCGGGCCAUCCGAAACUGCAAGUCCAUCCGGAGGCUGCUCUACAUCUCCUGCAAGCCAGAGGGUGAAGCCAUGAGGAACUUUCUUGAGCUGUGCUGCCCACCCGACCCAGGGAAGAACCUCGCAGGAGAUCCAUUCGCCCCCAUGUUGGCUGUACCAUUUGACAUGUUUCCUCAUACUGUUCAUUGUGAGCUGGUGCUGCUGCUCACCCGCUGACAAGGAGGCAGGUAUGCCAGCUCUGAGAGCUUGGGAAGCAACCUCCUACUGUCCUGAAGACUGGAGUCGAUGUAGUUAGGAUUUUAACUUAUUUUCUUGAAAUUUGUAUAAAAAUAAAUUAUUUUGCUUUUGCUUUUACUUUGGGUUGCCUAACUACACUGUUCUGUAAGGAAACACUUGGAUUUCUGGGGUGAAAAGGUUCUCUCUAGCUUUUCAUCACCCUUCCCUACGCUGCAACCUCUCCUAGGGCUGCUGGUUAAAGCAGCCUGGAAAAUAACGCUCUCCUUGAUAUUGUGGGUUUCCACCAUCAACAUGUGAAUAUGAAGUACUAAAAUCCACUGUAUUUUCAAAUACUGCCAUGGCAUUCAUUCUCUGUGUGUUUCAAGGAUAUUGCAGAUAUUUUUUCAAGUUGAUAGUGCACUUGCUAUGAAGAAACUGUAGGAACUAGAACUCCUCAUGCUUUUGGGGUCAGAGAAAUAUUUCCUGCAUAAACUUCCAAGCCCAAUAUUGAAUUGCUGUCAGUCACGUGGAUAAGUUGGAGGCAAUGAGAAAGAUUUUUCUAUAAAAUGAAAUUAAGAGAGAAGAGAUUUCAGUGUCUCUCCUUCCACACCUGCUUCCCCCUUCUCCGCUAAUCCUUAAUGAUACCUAAAUGUGAAAUGCCCUGUGAAAAUGUCAGAAGCAACAAGCUCUUUCCUCAUCACGUUUCUCAGCAAUAGCCAAUUCAAAAAUUUCAUGUGUUUUGUAUCUGGCCUGCUAUGCUCACUGACUGGCAAGCUGUGAACAUCAAUGUUAUAUGAAGUUCUCUUCAGCUCUUCAAAAGAUGGAGCUGCUACAACCUGGAGGUAGGUCUGAGUAAGCAGAAUCCCCUUGUGUUUUGUGAACUCCACGUUGUUUUGAGGACUCCUUUUAUUUUUUUUUUUUUAAUUUAUUUUUAUAUUGUAUUGAAGUUACCUUUUGGUUUAUCCUGGUCAUCUAGGCCAGACCAGUAGCAGAACAGGUUUCUACAAUCAGGCUGUUAAACUUGACUCUUUCCUCCAAAAGAGGAAUUCCCUGUCUGAUAUGGGUGAAUCAAGGCUGACAAACUCCCAGUGAAACGGGGAGAGGUGCCUGUAUUAUUAAGACUUUUAAAUCCAGUUCUAGGGAACUCUGAGCUUGGAAUAACCACCACCACCAGUCUCAAGCCAUGGGGGCUUAAAAUACAUGGGUUUAGGACUUGAGACUUACUACACCAGAAAGGGAGAUGACGUAGAGAUUCCUGACUGGCAUAGGUAAGUGUCAGUCUUGUACUAUCGCACAAGUGUAAGAUUCUUGCACACUGUUACAGCCUCUUGUUUUCACUUUAUAGCGAGGAAUGCCGUUUUCCAGCAGUUUUUUGUGUAAUUUUACCUCGGCUUCUCGCCGCGAGAUCUGAAUGGAUUUCCGCCUACCCUGGCUAUGCUUUUGUCAAAAGGAAAUUUGCUGCAAAUUAGCGGGGGAGAGAUAAUGACUUUAAAUCAAAAAGUGACAGAGGACUAGGAAACCUUUCCACUAACCUCUGGAGUGCUGAAGAUGCAGGACAGGUUUUAUCUGCAAUUGGGGAGGGUUGCACAGUGGCCUCCGUGUCAGGUUCCAGGACAGUCACAGGGGCAAGACAUCUGUUUUGCUUUUCUGGGGCAAAUACACUAAGCAAUAUGUUAUUUGCUGUGUAUUAGCAUCUAAGCAUCUGAAAGCUGCCUGUGUACCAGAGACCUGCGACCACUUUCCCUCCAGAGCAGGUUACUCCCGUGCCCUCCGCUAACACGUCAUCGUUUUCCCGCUCGUGCGCAACUGUGCUGUGUGUCUGGCUGCCAUCCCGCACCCCUAGAACUGUCUCAGCUUCAGCUUUCUGUGGGUAAUUUAUGGAACGUGCGAGGCAACAGAGGAUGACUCAGUGGUAGGAGCGGUGGGGAUGCUCACUGCUCAGCAGGUGCAGAGCAGCCUGGCUCUGCCUGCGCGGCUGUGGGGCAUUAGGACCCGGAGGUUGCUGAGCGGAGGAGGCUGAAUCCCCCUCCCGCUGUCACCCUCUCUGCCUCUGCAGCUUUAUUCCUCAUCUUCAAUGGUGACUGACUACCUCCCGCCCAGGCUGGCAGCCAGAGAGAGAAGGCCUCACUAGGACCUGUUCCCAGCAGCUCCAUGGCAUCUCCCAGGACUAUCACCAUCGUCGCCCUCUCGGUGGCCCUGGGGCUCUUCU